UUUGCAAUGAGAAUCGCUGGAUUCUCGGUAGAGGAUUAUUUUUCCUCGUUGCUCAACCGUUAGAUCGGGUUCAAUCGAGCUGCUUCGGCAAGGAUCAGUCAUCCCAGUCAUCGUCGGUCCUUGCCGAGCUUCGAGUCCGUUCCUUACAUUUAUCAUGAAGUACUGCGUCAUUUUAUAUUUCUCGGCUAUUUUAACAUCGUAUUGCGGUUCAACGCCAGACGAUGACGAUACACCUUGGGUUUGGGAAAGUAAUCAGGAAAAUGGUUUACCUAAGCCCGCUACGUCAACGAUGACGACCAAAUUGGAAGGAACGACUGCUACUGUCAGUCCUACAACGGAAAGUUCCGUAGAUACUCCCAGGACCUGUCCGCAGUGCUUAAUAACUCCGGAAUACAAUCCUGUGUGUGGAACUAACAAGGUCACGUACAAUAAUCCCAAUGCCCUUAAGUGCGCUAAAUUUUGUGGACAAGAUGUGGACCUCCUGUUUUAUGGUGCAUGUCUUCCCUUAGCUUAAAGUGUUAGUCAUUGUGGUGUAAAGUUACAAUCAACCGAAAUAAAAAUGUAAUUUUUCUGCGGACAACUUUUAGCUUCAUUUGUCUAAUGGAUUUACUUUAUUUUCAUUUAACUGCAAUUCUUUCUCCGUAGCUUCUCAAAUUGGCAAUUGCGUUGCGAAGAAGAUUAUAUUAUUCAUAAAUCGAUGUCUUUGAGUAAACGUGUAAUCGUGCGAAGACUAUUUUUCUUCCGACAUUGUUUACGUAAGGGAAUCAUUUCUUCAAGCGGUUAAGCUUUAUUGUCUGCACACGUGCCAUUGAUUGAGGUUUACUUAUUAUAAUGUAUAGCUUAAGCACAGCGCAACGUAUUAAUUAAGAAGUGCAAAUUAAGAAGUGAAAAUAUUAUGCGAUGACGAUAAUGUAAAGAAAAAAUGGAAUAGGACAAUCUAUAAAGUCGACGUUUUUCUAAUUUGAAAUCAGGAUUUGGCUAGUUUAGACCGGAAAUUUAAUAAAUGUUUUCUUUUUUCUCAAUUAAUUUCUAAACGUCCGAAUUCUAGAGAACUAUAAUACCAUAUUAACGAUAUCGUGUAAUGUAAUCAUGUGUCAGUAAUGAGCUUAGGCCCUCUAAAAUUAAUGUAAGUGAAAACUUAUAUGAAAUUAUAACGUUAUCUCUAAUAUACACAAGCUUUUUUAUGCGUACAUAGAGGCAACAUAGAGGAACGAUACUCUUUUAUUCUGAAAGAAAAUAAAAACUCGUAAAUUCA